UCGCCAGCAAUUGAAGUAGUCUGCAUUUGUAUUCGAAGCGCGAGUAACCAGCGGGCAGAAUUUUGUUUUGUUUGGUCCGGAAGUUGGGAUUGGGAUUCACGUAGAUGGCUUUAACGAACUUCAUCUUGACGGUGGCCGGCGUUGGCGCCGUGGUUCUUCUUUUGAGGAGCGAUGUGAAGCAAUCGGCUUCAAUCUUCAGGCGCAACGUCAAACACAUCCGCCAGUGGCUUGAAGAAGAAUCUGCCUCUGCCUCCAAGACUGUGGAGAAGGCAACCAAGGAGCUGGAAGCCAAAACUUCUCAGAAGGAUAUUCCAAAAGAUGACAAGCACUAGUGUCAGUAUUAGGUUAUUUAGCAAUGCGAACCUGUUAUUGAGUCGAUCUCUCCCCCCACCCACCCAAAUUUUGUUGUCUACUUCACUACUAAUAAUCCCUAUUACUUUUCAGGGUUCCUUUUCAUCCCAGUUUAGGAUCUGAUCGCUUUGGCCAUGAUGAAAAAUAACAUGAAUUUUGGUUACAUCCUUAAAGUUUUAAAGGAAGUAUUAUUUGACAUGAUUGAGUUAA